AUGGUACUGCUUCUCCUGCUCUUCCUGCCUCAUGCAGACUGUGGAGCGAAGGCAAAAUGCCCCUUGACUUUGGAGAGAGAUUGGCUAGAGCCAUUCAAUUAUUACAGGCCAGGAGACCACAUCAUUAGUGGAAUCUUCUCUGCCACAGAUGCUGUAUUUAAUCCACGGCACUUCAAUGAGUCUCCCUCUACCAGCUUUAUCAUGAAAGCAGCAACAAGGUACUGGCUGCCCCUGUCCUUCUUCUUUGCCAUUCAAGAGAUCAACCAGGAUCCCAGGCUCUUGCCCAACAUCACUCUGGGCUACAAUAUCUAUGAGAACUUUUUUCAUGGAAGGGUGACGUAUGAAGCUUUGGUAGACCUGGUCUCUUCUAAACAGGCGAAUGUUCCAAACUACAACUGUGGAGGACAGAAUACCUUGAUUGCUGUUCUUGAAGGAACUGACUCUGACUCUGAGAACUCCAUCCAGAUUUCAAGCAUGCUGAGCAUCUAUAAAAUGCCACAGGUCAGCUAUGCUUUUGGCUCCCAUGUUCUGAAUGACAAGAGGCAGUUCCCCUUUUUCUAUCGGACGGUCCCCAAAGAAGACGCCAUAUACCCAGCGGUUGUCAAGCUGCUCCAUCACUUCAGAUGGACGUUCAUUGGUCUCAUUGCUCCAGACACUGAAAAUGGAGAGAUGUUCAUGAAGACAUUGCAUCCCCUGCUAUUAGAGAGUGGAAUUUGUGUUGCCAUCUCACUAAUCAUUCCACAACUGAAUAGAUUAAAUUUGACAGUCAAAGUUCCUCAAUUAGAAAAGUGGGGACAAGUCCAUGUAUUUCUUUAUUAUGUAGAAUCUAUUUAUUUCUGGAUGGGAAUAAAAGUCACUGAAAUGAUAUUUGACAAGGUGGUCAAACCCACUGCAGGGAAAGUCUUGAUCACAACAUCUAUGUGGGAUUUGAGUGUGGACUUAACUGAGUUAAUCAACAGUGGUUUAGAUUUCAAACAUUUCCACAGUAUUCUUUCUUUCUCUAUUGGGGCAAAGAAAUGGGCAAAAUAUGAUUAUAUGGAUGCCUUCUUCUUUGCAAUCAAGCAGUUUUGGGAGGAAGCUUUUACUUGUUCCUAUUCACAGAAUACAUUGUCAGUGAAAAGCUGGACAAGAUGCAGAGAAAGGGAGGAACUGGAGAUGCUGCCCCAAGAAUAUCUGGAAAGACUCUUAUCUCUAAACAGCUACAGGAUUUACAACACUGUCCAAGCUGUGGCCCGUUCCUUAAAUGCUGCAUAUUCCUCCAGAUCUAAGUGGAGGUUGAAGGACAAUCUGGAAUUUCAAAGGCUACAGCCAUGGCAGCCCCUGCCUACUUCCAGGUGUGUGGAAAGUUGCCAGCCUGGAUUCUUCAAGGUAGUUCAAGAAGGAAUGCUGCUCUGCUGCUAUGACUGCGUUCCCUGUGCGGAAGGAACAAUGGCCACUCAGGAAGAUGCAGAGCAUUGCACCAGGUGUCCAGAAUAUCAGCAUCCAAACAAGGCCAGAGAUCAAUGUUUCUACAAAAUCAUCACCUUCCUGGCUUAUAAAGAACCUAUGGGGAUCUUCCUAGCUUCCUUUGCCCUAUUCUUAUCCUUAACUACAUGUGUUGUGCUAGGAAUAUUCAUUAUAUUCCGAGAAACUCCCAUAGUCAAAGCCAACAACCGGAACCUCUCCUAUAUCCUCCUCAUCUCCCUCCUGCUUUCCUUUCUGUCCUCCUUCCUCUUCAUUGGAAGGCCAAGGAAAGCCACCUGCCUUCUCCAACAAGUGGCCUUCAGCACCAUCUUCUCAGUUGCCAUCUCUUCUUUGUUGGCAAAAACCAUCACUGUCGUGCUGGCCUUCCUGGCCACAAAGCCAGGAAACAGGGUGAAGAGAUGGCUGGGGAAGAGUCUGGCCAACUCCAUUGUCAUUUCCUGUUCCAUUGUCCAAGUUGUCAUCUGCAUCAUCUGGCUGGGAAUCUCUCCACCCUUCCCAGAGUCUGACAUGCAUUCCCAGCCCAGAGAGAUCAUCCUACAAUGCAAUGAAGGGUCUAUUGCCAUGUUUUAUGCUGCCCUUGGCUACAUGGGCUUCUUGUCUACCAUCUGCUUCACAGUGGCUUUCCUAGCUAGGAAGCUGCCUGGGGCCUUCAAUGAAGCCAAGCUGAUCACCUUCAGCAUGCUGGUCUUCUGCAGUGUUUGGGUCUCCUUUGUGCCCUCCUAUCUGAGCACCAAGGGGAAAUACAUGGUGGCUGUGCAGAUCUUCUCUAUCUUGGCUUCCAGUGCUGGGCUUCUGGGCUGCAUCUUCUUUCCCAAGUGCUAUAUAAUUGUACUCAGGCCUGAUCUGAACACAAAGGAGCAUCUGACAAGAAAAGCUGGUUCUUAA